GGAUAAAACACUGGAGUCACUUAGACGGCACCCGAGCAAACUUGGUAGAGCACUGGGGCCAGUUUGAAUGAAGUCAUGGAGUCUGUAGCCUUCCAGAUCUGGGCCACCGUUUCCCUCCUGGCCCACCUUGCAGAUGGUAGCCCCAUCAUGAGUCUAGAUGUACCCCUGAUGGACGAAGAGGUGCCGUUCUUCGAUGAACAGGAUGCACUGCUUCAGAAUUUGCAAAACGAGCUCCUGAAGGCGCUUAAUCUCUCAGGCAUCCCCCUGCAAGAGACAGCCAAGGUGGACCCUCCAGAAUAUAUGUUAGAACUCUAUAAUAGGUUUGCCAGGGACAAGACCUUGAUGCCAUCGGCCAAUAUUGUUAGAAGCUUCAAAAAUGAAGAACAGAUUUCACGGCCCAUAUGCUUUAAUGGAAUACGGAGGUACCCUCUCCUUUUCAAUGUGUCAAUUCCUCACCAUGAGAAGAUAACCUUGGCGGAGCUGAGGCUCUACACUCUGGCAGAGGACAGACUGCUCUAUGAAGGUCUCGACAGGAAGGUCACCAUUUUUGAAGUGCUGGAGAAUGAACAUGGAGGAGGAAAAGAGGGAGAGGAGAGGAAGGUGAAAGUGCUGGCAUCCAGACAUAUUUACAGCACCGACAAUGAAUGGAAAACAUUUGAGGUCACGGAGGCCAUCAGGAAGUGGCAUCACUCUGAUUCAACCACUCACUGGCUAGAGGUGCAGGUGGAGUACCGAGGAGGAGAGAGUCCCAGUCAAGGAAGAGACGGAGACAUAGACAUCAAUUUGGAGACCAAACACGAGCCUUUAUUAAUUGUGUUUUCAGAUGAUUACAGCCAUGCCAAGAAAGAAGAAAAGUAUGAGCUGAAGGAGAUGAUGGAGCAUGAACAGAUGCAAGACUGGCAGGAUUUGGAUUUGCGAGACUUCUCCAGUGGCCCCAGUGAGGAGAAGCUGCUUCAGAUAAGGUCCAACAUCAUCUAUGACUCCACAUCCAGGAUCAGGAGGAAUGCAAAGGGAAGCACAUGCAAAAGGACUUCUCUCUAUGUGGAUUUCAAGGAGAUUGGCUGGGAUUCCUGGGUCAUUGCACCACAUGGGUACGAUGCCUACCAGUGCAAGGGGGCCUGCAACUUUCCUCUGGAUGGCAGCCAGACGACCACCCAUGCCAUGGUCCAGACUUCCGUUCAUUUGAAUGAUCCCCAGAAAGCUUCUCCUGCCUGUUGCGUCCCGACCAAACUGGACCCCAUCUCUUUGCUCUUCUUGGACAAAGGGAUAGUCACCUUCAAGCAAAACUAUGAGGGCAUGUCAGUCUCAGAAUGUGGCUGCAGAUAGUAGCAGGAGGGGGGCUCUUGCACGGUGCUUUUGGCUUUCACGGGGUUUCAUGGUUCAGUCUGAACAUUUGUGCAGAUUCAGUCAGCUCAUUGAACAAGGAAGAGGGACACAGGAGACAGGCAGCGGAUUAGAGAGGAUGGCUUGGAGCAGAGGUGGGGGUGAGGGUGGGAGGAGACGAUUGUCCUGCUAGGCAGCGGCAAGCAGAGGCAUCUCGUUAGCUUUAGCUAGAGCUGAAUACUGGAAUAGAUGGGCCUUAGCCUCACCCAGCACCCCUCUUCUCCUACAGCAUCACAGCCCUUCCUCCCCACUUGUCCAUCCCAGACGUUUUACAACUUAAGCAAUCCAUUUCAGUUCCCUUCCAAUUCCCUGCCGCUACAGCUGAGCCAACAUUUGUCAGAAGAUUUAACAAAAGUCCCAAAGCCACUUUUUCUUAUCACACCUCUGGGAAACAAUGGCUGCUUUGCAGAAUCACCUCCAAGAAUUCUCCAGCAUUUUUUUUUAUUUCUAUCCUUUCCUGCAUAGCAUGAGAAAGCUGCCAAUCCAAUUCUACUGACCCUUGGAGAGGAAAACAGUCCAGGAAGGAAGCUUAAUCCAGUUGCCACUGUUAGUGGUGAUCUCUUGCCCUAAAAACCCAUUCAAUAGCUUCUCUUUACAACGGAGGGGCAGUAAAUUCUCCCCUCGGUUUUUUAUUGGGCUAAGAAGUUCAAGAAAAUGUUUCUAAGCUGUGACACAUGGGGUUCAUACCUCUCAUUAAGCCAUGGUUUGAUUAAUCACAAUUUAUUGAAUAAAUCACAAUUGAUUGGAUUCAUACAACAUACUAAGCCAAAAGCAAACUGUUAAGUGAAUCCAAGCCCUAGCAUUUUCCUUGUUUCCUUGCUAUUCUAAACUCACAAAAAAGACUGGCCCGUGAUUGUCUGACAUUGGUCAGAAAGGUUGUGCCUCCAAAAUCUCUUUUCCUAUCCAACUUUUAUAAAAUGCUCUUCGCCACUUCCUUACCCUUUUCAGUAUUGUUCUGCAUAGUCAGUUUAGUGGAGCCCACCAGAUAGCAUAACCAAGACAGCCUUCAGAGAAACUGCAUCUAAUUGCUUUGGACACACAGUUCAGAUUUGGGUACACGUGAUACGAACCUUAUUCAUCUCUUGCAUAGAUGUCCUGCUAGAUAACUGUUGAAUUAUAUCAAUGAAGCAAAUGCAACUCAGAAUCUGGCUGCUGGAGGCUGGCUGUUCUUUCAAUCACUGCUAAAAUGUGGGUGGGGGGAGGGUUCUUUCGUGCUUAAAUUUCAAGACUCUUUGGACCGAGGGGGGCUUCUCCUUAAUGGAGCUGUCAGUUCACGAAACGGUUCUACAUCCCACUCUCCAGCGUGUACAGUGGAAGUCACAUGUCAUGUUUCCACCACUCCUCUCCGAUAAAUCCUUGUGAUAAGAAGGUGUUGGAGUUGAGAAACAAUAGGCCUGGUGGUGCUUUAUUUAUACUAAGCUGGAAAUUGGUCAGAUUCUUUGGAAAGUGUAAUUGACGUUGUCUCUCCAGCCCUCGGCCGUGGCUUACUGUACUACGCCCCUCCACUGCUUUACACUUUUAAGGAGAAGCUAUCUUCUCAGAGAGAGAUGACGGACUGGUCUUUGAGAGCACCAACCUGGGCCCUUCAGGAGACUUCUCAUCCAAAGCACUUGCCGAAGGACUUGUGGAAAGCCACCUACCUACGUCCAUGCAGCCAUUAUUUAUUGAUCUAUUUAUUGACUGUUGUCCUUGUAAUAUAAUGUAGAAUACAAAAUGUUUUAUUUUUGUGCUUGUAUGUCAAACACACUUGGAUAAUCCUAUAUAUUGAACCAUGUUGAUGCUAAUAUCAUCCCCCAAUUUCAAUGGACUUUCUUCCUCAUUGUCUUUGUAAAUAUAUUAAUUUGUCCUUGUU